UUUUCUCCAAAAAAUUUCGAAAAAAUGUCUAUAGAAAAUGGCAGAAACAACGUUCAUGUUGAUCAUUUUGUAGGUGGAAGUGUUGAUUUAUUAAUGUUUAAAGCUACAACGGAAGAAGGAAUUUAUAAAAAUGAGGAAACUGGGGAGCCUAUUUGUGGAGAGUACGAAACUUACACGUUGGCUCGUUUUCUCUUCGUUUCUGGCGCCUCCCUUUUUGCAUUUUUAGGCCUAGCUGCAAACCUUUUACUUUUUUAUUUAUUUUCUCAAACACGAAAUGGAUCAGCUUCCAAAGCAAAUCAACCGCCCCCAACACUUUAUCCAAGAAUGUUGGCGUUGUUGGAUGCUUGUAUAUGUGCUGCUUAUAUUUUACUUUUUGGUGUUGAUGCAAUUUCUUAUGGAAUGCGCAGUAAAUCUUUAUUUCUUCUUUACCAUUGGUAUAUUGUGCCUGCUUUUGUUGUUGCCAGAAUGGCACAAUUAGCAAUUCCUUAUAUGCUUAUAUUUGCUUCUUUGGAACGUCUUGUUUGGAUUGGAGGGAAAUUACGUAAUUCUCUUCUUCGACGCUUAUAUUCUGUCCAAGGACGUCAAAUUACUAUGGCCAUUACUCUCCUUGCUUGCGUUCUUUUACGAGCCCCAACUGUUUGGGCAACAACAGUUCAUCAUUAUCCAAAAUGCAACGAUUUUUUCCGUUCUCUCAGUGCUGGACCAGCAGAUUGGGUUUUUGAAAGUCAAUUUUAUCAACUUUAUGACUUUCAUCUUUUGUCAGUUGCACAAACUGUUUUUCCUUUCUUUUUGCUUUUGGCAAUUAAUUUGAUUGUUAUUCGCCGUGUAUCAAAAGCCCAUUUAUCCAAACCUUUAAUUCACCAUGAAAAGAAGGAAAAAACUACCAAAACUCCAACAACACAGCCAAUACUCGUUAAUCAACUAUCAACCUCAAAUAGCUUUAUUAAAAGAAAAUCCUCUUUUAGAAUUCACAAAUUAACACUUUCUGGGCCUGUUAGAUCUGCUGUCUAUACUAUGGUCUGUAUUGUCUGUACUUAUUUAAUUAGCAAUUCUUUACAUUUGGCACUUACUGUUUUAGAAAAAUCCAAUUCUGCAUUACUCAAGGAUCCUUCAGAUCCAUCACUUGCUUCUCCCUUCCAUACUGCCUUUUCUGAUGCCGUUUCUUUUGUUUAUAUGUUCACUUCAGCCAUUCGUAUAUUAAUUUAUUAUUCGUGUAAUCCACAAAUUCGAAUUCAAAUAAAACAUUGUUUGUCUUUUGGAAGUAAAUGUACUAGUAACAACAAUGUUUGUGAGGAAGAGGAAAGUAGCAGUAAUAAUUAUAGUUAUCAACAAAAACAACAAUCAACAACAACAACAAUUUAUUUGCCUUUUAAUGUUGCUAAAAAUACUGACAAUUUUGGAAGUUUAAAUGUAAAUAAUUUAAAAAUAAAAAGAAAUUUUUUGUGA